UCAACCAAGCCUGGGGACGCCAGCACGUCACGAAGCUCUGUUCAGCAGGCUCUGCGUGCUGCUGCUGCUGUCCCCUCGGGCCCCGCCCCCCUUGCGCGCUGAUUGGCUGGAGCCCUUCCUGCUGAUGAGUAACUGCUGCUAGCAGGUUAGAUGCGCUUCCUAUCGGGCGGAGAGGAGACCCGCCUGCCUUGUCACAGCGGCCGCGGCGCUGCGGGAGCAAGAACGGGGAGAGCAGCGACACCCUGGAGUGAGAGACCCGGCUCCAGCACCGGCCACCAUGGCAGCGGUAAUGCUCGAUGGAUCGCACUGACAUGGCGCAGGACUGGCAGUGCAUGUUACCAUAGGCGGAUAAUGGGACUGUCCGUCUUUAUUCAUCUGUGAGACCAUAUUUAUGCUUCUCGUGAGACAGCAGACAGGAUUUCAUACAUUUUGUUCUUUGUGCCUUGCCUGGAAAUUUCUGGCUGUCAUCGAAGCAGAUUGGGUCCCCUCUGGUACACAAAACCUGUCAUAAUAAAGCAACUAUGGAUCUCAAGACCGCAGUAUUCAAUGCAGCUCGUGAUGGCAAGCUUCGCCUUCUUUCCAAACUGUUGGAAAACAAAGCCAAGGAUGAAGUUGUCAUGCUCAUGUCUGAGAAAACAAAUGGCGCCACGCCACUCUUAAUGGCUGCCCGUUAUGGCCACCUAGACAUGGUGGAUUACCUUUUGGAUCAGUGUAGUGCCUCAGUGGAGAUCGGAGGCUCUGUCAAUUUUGAUGGGGAAACCAUAGAAGGAGCACCACCUCUUUGGGCUGCAUCUGCUGCUGGACAUCUAAAAGUGGUUCAGUCACUGUUGGAUCAUGGAGCUUCUGUGAACAACACCACCCUCACUAACUCCACUCCUUUGCGGGCAGCUUGCUUUGAUGGGCACCUGGCAAUUGUAAUGUAUCUAGUAGAGCACAAUGCUGAUUUGGAGGUAGCAAAUCGUCAUGGGCAUACAUGUCUCAUGAUCUCCUGCUACAAAGGUCACAAGGAGAUAGCCCAGUUCCUGCUUGAGAAAGGGGCUGAUGUGAACAGGAAGAGUGUGAAAGGGAAUACAGCUUUGCAUGACUGUGCUGAAUCUGGCAGCUUGGAAAUUAUGAAGAUGCUUCUUAAGUAUGGUGCUAGAAUGGAGAAGGAUGGUUAUGGCAUGACACCGCUACUUUCUGCCAGUGUGACUGGUCACACAAAUAUAGUGGACUUUCUAACACAGCACCCACAGACCAGCAAAACAGAACGCAUCAACGCACUAGAACUCCUUGGCGCUACCUUUGUAGACAAAAAAAGGGACCUCCUGGGUGCCUUAAAAUAUUGGAAGAGAGCUAUGGAUAUGCGGUACAGUGAUAGGACUAAUGUCAUCUGCAAACCUGUGCCACAGACAUUAAUUAUGGCAUAUGAUUAUGCCAAGGAGGUUAAUACAGCUGAAGAAUUAGAUAACCUAAUUGCUGACCCAGAUGAAAUGAGAAUGCAAGCUCUUUUAAUUAGGGAACGUAUUUUGGGGCCUUCACAUCCAGAUACAUCCUAUUACAUCAGGUACCGAGGUGCAGUUUAUGCUGACUCUGGGAAUUUUAAACGAUGCAUCAACUUGUGGAAGUAUGCAUUGGACAUGCAACAGAACAACUUGGAUCCAUUAAGUCCAAUGACUGCUAGCAGUUUGUUAUCUUUUGCUGAGCUUUUUUCAUUCAUGCUUCAGGACAGGGCCAAAGGCCUUCUAGGCACCACAGUUACAUUUGAUGACCUCAUGGGUAUACUGUGCAAAAGUGUUUUGGAAAUAGACCGAGCUGUCAAACAAACAUCGUUGCCUCCAGACCAAAUCCAACUAAACAAGGCGCUCUCUAUUAUUUUGCACUUGAUCUGUUUGCUGGAAAAGGUUCCCUGCAGCCAGGAGCAAGAACACUUCAAAAAACAGAAUAUCUAUAGGUUCCUUAAGCUGCACCCCAAAGGAAAGAACAACUUCAGUCCUCUUCACCUGGCUGUAGACAAAAACACAACGUGUGUUGGCCGUUAUCCUGUCUGCAAAUUCCCCUCUCUUCAGGUGGCUGCUAUCUUGCUGGAGUGCGGUGCUGACGUCAACAUCAGAGACGCCGAGAAGAACAGUCCCCUACACAUCGCUGCUCUCAACAACCACCCAGAUAUCAUGAAUCUGCUCAUUAAGUCUGGGGCACACUUUGACUCCACAAAUUGUCACAACCAAACUGCCUGUGAUUUGCUGGAUGAAAAAGAAAUGGCAAAAAACUUGAUCCAGCCCAUCAACCACACUACACUGCAGUGUCUUGCUGCACGAGUGAUUGUAAAGCAUAAUCUGCAAUACAGAAAACAAAUUCCCGAAAAGCUGGAGAGCUUCGUAUUGCUUCACAGAUGAUGCUUUGCUAGGACCUCUAGUGCAAGUGAAGGGUGUGCGCUUGGUUGGUUGUUUCUUUACUCAAGCACUGUUGACGUGAUACUAAUCAUGCUUCUGCAGGUCAUGUCAAGAUCCCGCACAGGCAUCAUCCAAGGUCUAAGGAUUGGUUAGCCCUAUUUAAACAUAAAUAUACUGAGUAUAAUUUGGUUUUCUGUGUCAUCUUAAACUGUUAAUUGCUGCACCCUUAAUUCUAAAUCAUCUGCCAAAUUCUGUUUCCAGUUGAUUGGGUUUCUGCCUGUUGGUGUUAGGGGGACUAAGUAUUUUCUUUCUUAUGCCUUUUCCCUGGUGGCUUCUUGCUUAUGCUGGUUUGUGGAUUUUUUUAAAGUUUAAGGUUAUUUCUGCUCUUGCUAUCUUCAAAAACCUUUCACUCCGUGCGUGAAUGGAUCUCUAUUUAUAUGGACCAUUGCUAAGUUGUAAAAGCUUUAUGAACACAUUAAUGUUUGCAAUUACCAUAAGUGCUUUACCUUCUCUAUGCACUGGCUUAGACAUGACUGUUGUGUGUUAGCAUAUUUCUAUGCAGCAUUUUGCCAAUCCAGCUAAAAAAAAAACAACAGUUUUUAGGCAAUUUUUUCAGUUGAACGUCAAUUUCUGCUGAGCACUAAACAGCAUGGCGGUGUUUGGUGCAGUAUUUCAGCGGUUGCAAACUAAACCGUUUUUGUUUUUAAAUAUUUUUUUUUUCCACCCCUUCCUAUAACCUGUAUGGUCAGGCUCAAUGCCUAUAUGGAGAGGGAUAAUGAAAAGUAUUGUUGCUUUUAUUUUACAUUUAAUGAAGCAUAUACUUGCAAAUCUUAAUGUUUGAGAGGAUAGUUUGUGCAGAGCUCCUCUUAUUCCUUAAUUGCUUUCACACAGUACCUAUCUUUAAUUUAUAUUGCAACAAAGGCAGAAUUUGAAAACAAGGCACCAGGGCAAGCCGCUAUGGCAUGCUGCAACACCAGUCAAAACUAACGCAUACUUAGUAAGGCUAUCCAGUCGGUAGAAAAUGGUUUCUAGCCAGGGCAUCUCAUAUUUUGUAUCCAUGUCCCUCUGUUUUUCAGUAAUCCAUUCAGGUAAUUUUUUGCAUGUUUCGGUAUUGCCUCUACCACCUCUCGAGGGCCGUCUGUGUGCUACACAGGUUUGUUCUAUACUUUGCUGACCUGCAGAUGGAAUCAUCAACUCUAAACCUUUUCAAUAAAAGUUUAAACUCUAGGUACUCUACAAGUGGGUCUUCUACACCUAGAUAACUAUUUUUGUAAAAUCUACCCACCAUACUUGUUUUCUUGGCAGGAAGGGCUCCGUAGAUUUGGUCAGGAAAACAGGAGUGUAGAGCGCACGAGUAGGAUUCAGGUGAUUAAUAUAUACAGCACUUUAUUGUUGGUUCAGAAUAACAUUUAUAAUGGCAUAUCGGCCCUGCAAAUGUCUUACAAUAAAAAAGAUUAAUAAAAAAAAA